AUGAAAUUCCUCGUGGCUCUCGCACUCAUUGGCGUCGCUCUUGCUAUGCGUGACCAGUCUAUCGCUGUACGUGGAAAACUGAUGUGCGGUCCGAAGCCGGCGUCAAACGUUCGAGUCAAGCUGUGGGAGGAGGACAGCGGUCCGGACCCGGACGAUCUCCUCGACCAGGGCUACACUGACGCCAAUGGCGAGUUCCAGUUGUCUGGUGGCACCGCAGAACUCACUCCCAUUGACCCUAUUUUCAAGGUUUAUCACGAUUGCGACGACGGUAUUAAGCCUGGAUCAAGAAAAGUCAAAUUUGCUCUUCCCAAGUCCUACAUUACCAGUGGAAAGACGCCCAAAAAAACAUUUGACAUUGGCGUCCUUAACUUGGAAACAAUUUUUGCCAAGGAGGAACGCGAGAUGAUCGUUUCACGGAGACGGAGAGGUGGUAUCAACGCAGACUACAUGGACGUCGAUAAGAGCAGAAGCAGCGAAGAAGACCAGUAA